CAGAUUUCCCAGUUGUCGGAACACAUUGAAAUCAAAUGUCGGAGAUUGCCAAGUUCUCAGUUGUCUUGAACAAUGCAGAAAUGACUUUGAUGAGGAGGAUGCUACACCUGAAAACCUUUGGGGGUGAGAGAAGAUGGCUGCAUUUAACCGGCUCCUGAAAACAUAGCGGGAGAUAGAGUGAGAGACAGUUCAUGGAAUGCUGUGAUGUCAUCAGCUCAGUCCUACACAAAGGCAAGGAGGAGGACACAGAAGCACACUCACUCUCCCGAGUAGUUACUCUGCCGUGGAGCGUCUGCACCCCACUAUUCACCCAGCCAUGGCUGCCUGAUGAGGACUGAGGACGACUGACGUGUGUGUGUGUGGAGGGAGGAGGGAGUGUCAGUGCAGAGGACGUCAGAGGAAGCUGUCUACAGCUUGUGUAUGUGACAGAGGAGGCUCGAUCUUCUCUUCUCCUUCUCCUCAUGAAGCUUGUUUAGAAGCCAACACGUCUUCAGGAAACUGUCGACCCAAGGAGUCCGGACAGUACCCAUCCACACCCUGCUAGACUGGGCAACCUGCCGGAACAGCCCUUACCGCCUUACCCCUCCACCUCCAUCCCGCCGCCACCAUGCUGCAGCAGAUACUAAAGGACAUGUACAUCGAUCCUGAUGUGCUGGAGGCCCUGAGCGAGGACCAGAAGAAGACCUUGUUCCUGAAGAUGAGACAGGAGCAGGUGCGGCGUUGGAAGGAACGCGAGGAGAAAGAAGACCAUAGACCAAAGCUGAGUACAGCCAACCGUAAGAAUGUGAGCUGGUUGCUGGGCAGGGACGGUGAUGUGGCGGUCAUGGUGAUUGGAGAGGUGGACGAGCUGAAGACCUCUAAACUCAUCUGUUCUGGGCCCGUGGAGAGGAAAGCACCACCAAGCCUGCACAAUAACACACGCCACCAGACAACCCCCCCGAAGAGCAACCUGGUAAACAGACCAGUCUCAGAAUCUGUCAGAACUGGGAGAGAGAGCCUGCUUCCCAAAACACAGCCAGGGAUACAGCUCAAUUUAAAGGAGAACACUGAGGAAGUGAGGACAUUGCCCCCUCUACAGGUGUCAGUGGGCGAGCAGCAGCCACCUGCAGCACUGGACAAACAAGCUGAGUUGAAGCAGGAUUUAGAGGUCGAUGCUCCAGAGGAGAAGCCGGUCCUCUCUUCCUGUAGACCUCACUCAAGAGCUGGCACUGCCAACCCGAGGCUAGAUACCGCGCUGUCCCCUGUCCCCAAGAACUUCACCAUCACACCAUCCCCUGUCCCUACCAUCACACCGUCCCCUCUCCCCAGCACCGUAACAGUGUCUCCGGUCCCCGUCAUUGUCACACCGUCUCCUGUCCCCCGCAGCAAUGCCAUCCGAGACGCUCUAGAGAAGAGCGCUGCCAAAGCUCGCGCUUCAGAGAAGACCAUCACGCCCUCUCCCGUCCUUAGCUCUGUCAAAACGUCCCCUGUCCCCAGUGUCUCACCGUCCCCUGUCCCAAGCUCCACUCCGUCUCCUGUCCCUAGCAUCUCUUCACCGUCCCCUUUCCACAGGACCAUCGCUCCAUCCCCUGUGGCUAGCAGCACGGCCAUAAGAGACGCUCUAGAGAAGAGCACCACCAAACCACACGGUCCGGAGAAGACGACCGUUGUCCCGCUGUCCGUCACAACCAGACUCCACCCCGAGGAGCCGGCUGAGCCCCACCCCCAGGAGACACCCAGCAGCCGAGAUAUCCGCGUGAUGGCAGCCUAUCGCAGGGCAAUGUCUGAGGAUGUGGUGUCAGAGGGGGGCGGAGACACCUGUUCACGGAGUGGUCGGGUGGCUCAGCUGAUGAAGAACUUCUCCGUGAAGAGCCCCACGCCCCCUGCACAGAUCCCUCAUCCCCGCGGGAGCAAACCCCCCAUCCCCACCAAACCCAACCACCUGCACCUGGUUGCCAGCCCCUCACUCAGGUAAUCCACAAGGGCACCCGCUGUCCCCCACCACACCCCACCCAGGCCCCACUGAACACUGCUGGGCACCCAGCCCGGGUGUCUCAGCAACUGGGGACAAGGACGCAAGGAGGCAGGCCCCAAGGCUCUCAGGAACACAGCCAAACCUUUUGAUUCCAUUGCUCUUACUCCAAAAGCAAAGCAAUGAGAAUAGAGCUUUUGCCAUUUUUACCUGUGCCAUGUUUUAAUCGUUAAUUUUACUUAGUAUUUUAAAUUGUCCAGUACUGUAAAUUCUCUCUGUGGGGAAAGGUGAACCAAAAGCGUUGAUUGUAGAACAGCGUCUUCCUUUUGUUUCCUGCUUUUGCCUCUUUAAUAUUCAAUGUAUUAUUGACCGUAUCACACCAUGUAUUCUGCACCUGUCGAUAUACUUUUUAAAAUUGUAUUUUAAAAAUCUUGUCAUGUACAAAUACCACUUUUUAUUGUUACAUUUGGUGCCCAGUACAGUCACAAAGCUUUGUGCAAUGUUAUCAGGGUCAUAAACCUGUUCUUGAGAUUGCAACAAAUCACGACAAAUGUCAACUUAAAAUGACGCAGUACAUUUGCUUUCGUGGUUGAGAGCUGUUCCGUGUGCUGACAAAUGACAGAGCCACAUUGAUCAUACCCGCCUGUCAUGACCAAGGAGAUGGGUAAGAGUACAGUAUGGCUGGACGGGUGAAGCCGGAUGAGUGAGGGGCGGGGCUUCCUCCUUGGUCUACGGCGCUCCUCACCGGGAGUAGCACCGUCGGCUUGUAUACUGUCACAUCUCCCCUGACUGCCACCUAGCCCGAACAAGCACCUUGCGCUAUCUACCUGAGAUUGACCAAUGACGGUGCCAAACGCCUCUGCUCUGUGUCCCAGUGGACCGAACACUGGCAAGCCACACAGUCGGUGCCAAACGCCUCUGCUCUGUGUCCCAGUGGACCGAACACUGGCAAGCCACACAGUCGGUGCCAAACGCCUCUGCUCUGUGUCCCAGUGGACCGAACACUGGCAAGCCACACAGUCGGUGCCAAACGCCUCUGCUCUGUGUCCCAGUGGACCGAACACUGGCAAGCCACACAGUCGGUGCCAAACGCCUCUGCUCUGUGUCCCAGUGGACCGAACACUGGCAAGCCACACAGUCUGUGCCAAAUAAUACUUGUUAGCUGUGGUUAACCCUUCUGUUAUUUUUUUCUCAAUCUCAUUUUUGAUUGGUUGCACUUUGUUUUUUUGUUUUUUAAAAACUUUUUUACUAUGUUAAUUCGGAGACCGAGAGUGAUGAUCUCUGUGUCUGUGUGUAUCGAUUGUGUGUUGCCCCACACAAGGUGUGUGUUGAACUAUGUGUGUGAUGUCAGGCCUGUGUGGCGCAACCACAGUGGAACAAUAAAAUCGUUUGACCCCUCCAA